GCCAAUCGCGCGAGGCGGGGGUCGAAGCGCGCGCGCUCCGGCCGCCGCCAGCUGCAGACGGGCGCUGUUCGGCCGGUGGAGGCGAUCGAGCGGGCGGAUCCUGCCGAGGCGCCGACCGACGAUGCGUCGGGGGCUCCGCGGUGCGCUCCGGCUGCUCCAGCUGCUGUGGUGGCCCCUGGACCUCUCGACGGCCAGCAAUCAGACGGGGGACGGUUGUGGUCAUUCAGUGCUCACAUCUUACAGUGGGACAUUGUCUUCCAAGAACUUUCCAGGCACGUAUCCAAACUCGACUUCUUGCAAGUGGCAAAUUCACGGAGCAGCAGGCAGCCCCCUCAGCCUGGCAUUUGGAGACAUGGACAUCGAAGCCUCCGAACAAUGCAAAUAUGGCUUCUUGUUGCUUUCAUCUCCCUCAGAUGGUUCCAGCUUUGGUCCAUACUGUGUCAGUGCAUAUCCUCCUCACUCAGUCUUGGUAAUCAAUUCCACCUCCAUAACCAUCUUAUUCAACAGUACAAAACAUCGCUCAGGUCGUGGCUUCCUUCUUUCUUAUGCCAGUGGCAACCGGUCAGAUUUGAUUUCAUGCUUGCAAAAAGGCAUCCAUUAUAACACAGAACAAAUCAGAGCUUAUUGUCCUGCAGGCUGCAAGAGAGUGGCUGGUGACAUCUGGGGAAAUGUGAAUCAAGGAUACCGAGAUACAUCUGUUCUUUGCAAAGCAGCUGUCCAUGCUGGUGUAAUCUUGGACGAGCUGGGGGGACCAAUUGUGGUAUCACAAGAGAAAGGAGUCACUCUUUACAAAUCUAGUGUUGCCAACGGACUGCAUUCAAAAAGGGGAUCAUUAUCAGAAAAGCGCCUUAUUUUUCACAAAGACUGUGCCAGGGCUUUGGAAGUUGCCAGCUUCAAUGCUUCAUCCUGCUGGCAUGAGCAGAACAUGCUGGGAGACCAUCAUGCUUGGGCCGCUGUGCGAGCAGCUUUUGCUGCUGAUGGUUCGUCUUGGGCAGCAGAUCACAGCUCUGCAAAUGAAUGGCUGGAAAUAGAUUUGGGUGGAAAGAGGAACAUCACAGGAAUUGUCACCAAGGGGUCUUCCCAAAGAUACAAUUACUAUGUCAAAUCCUACCAGGUUCAGUUCAGCAGAGAUGGCAAGAAUUGGAAGACCUACAAAUCCAGCAGCACCAAUGAGGAAAAGAUCUUCGAAGGCAACAGUGACAAUUACCAGGAAGUCUCCAACGCCUUUAUCCCACCCAUCCUGGCCCGUUACCUGCGCGUUGUACCCCAGAGCUGGAACCAGAGAGCUGCACUGAAAGUAGGGGUGCUUGGAUGCCAAACCCUUCGUCAGAAAAACAAUGGGGCUGAAGGCCAGAAUAACCCAAAGGUGUUCCUUGGGGUGACCAGCACCCCAACCAUUUUCACAACAAUCCCAGGGAUAGUGAUCAAUCCAGAAAAAACAGGUCCUCCAUUACUGGUGGUGCUCCUAGCUGGAGGUUCACUUUUGAUUGCCGCCACUGUCUUGCUGCUGGUCUUUCUCUGUUAUAAGAAGAGGAAGGCACCAAUCCAGAAUGAUGGCAGCUUUAUAAAAGGUUACUUGAUACCAGAAGCCAGCCAGGUAUGUUCCAGGGGGAACUUGCAACUGUCUGCCUCUGAAAUUGCCUCCUUUCCUGGGCCAGCAACGCCGGUAGAUCUUACUGGAGCUCAGUCACCAGAAUAUGCUGAGCCAGACCUGGUUCAAGUCAGCCCUGGCUGCCAGUUGGCCCCAUCCACUUUCAAGCCAGCCAUGGACGAAGGUUACACUCUGCCCCUAGUGGUGAAUCCCUACGAUGUUCCAGGCAAGCAGCAUGAAUACACGGAGCCCUUGCCCAUGGAACCGGAGUACGCCACCCCUUUCGUUGAGCAGCCUGCAGAACUGGGGAGAGGCCCUUGCAGGAUGAACCUCGGUGUCCAAAUGCUCCCUUUCUCUGAAAGACUGGGGGGCUCUCUAGCUCCACUGGGGCUCCACAAAUCUUCACUGCAAUAUGAUUUCCCAACUCAGUGGCUGACAGAGAAAUUGGACAACCAAGCAGGUGACACCAGCCAGCAGGAAAGAUCUAGCCAAACUGACCUUGGCUGCCUGCCGCUGCCGCCUCCUCCUCCUCCAAGCGAAUGGAUUCCAAGCCCAGGAGAUACCGCCUCAUUUCAGGGCCGCCAUUUCCAACAGAGAAAUUCCCCCUAUGAACUUGUCUAUCACAAACCCUUGUGAGUCCUGCAGGAAGGAAACCUUCCAAUCAGGCUGCUGUGAAAAAGGCUUUAGGGAAGGACCCAAAGCUCCACUCCUUCAAGUUCAAAUUGACAUGUUCUAUCAUAGUUCUUCAGUGUUGUCGAUAAAGGUAAGGCCAACCAAUUGCUGCCCAGUUCUUUUUUAAGCAAGGAGACUCCAGUAAAUAAAACUGUGGCCUUCUUUCUAUGGGGCAGCGAGUGGCUCAGUGGUUAAGACGCUGGUCUUUUUGGCUGGGAAGUCGGCAGCCCAGAUUUGAGACCCAAGCUCCAUGCGACAGAGUGAGCUCCCUUUCUUGCUCCAGUUCCUGCUAACCUAGCAGUUCAAAAGCAUUCAAGUAGAUAAAUAGGUACCACUUGGUGGGAAGGUAACAGAGCUCCAUGACAUCAUGCUGGCCACAUGACUUGGGAAAUAUCUUUGGAUAGCGCUGGCUCAAUGGCCUUGAAAUGGAGAUGAGCACCCCCCCACACACAAUUGGCAAUGACUGACAGAGUAAAAUCUUCAGGGACUCCUUUACCUUCUUCCUAUGAAAUCUGCAUUCAGCAUCUUGCUGUGCUCCUAGAAUGAUCUUGAUGUUUUGCAAAGAACAAUAUGUCACCAUCUUUCCCUCGAUGUGCAAACGUCCACCGGUGGAGGAAUUAAAUCUAGCUUUGAGACUGAUGAUAAAAUUGUAUUUUCCAGUUAGACUGGUUUGGAGAACACAUGACAACCAGACAAAGGAACCCAAUUUUUUCUCCUCAUAUAUCUUACUGCUACCUCCUAAGAUUUUCCAUCUGAGGACAUUGCCUUACUCUACCUAACAACAGGAUCAGCUGAUUACAUCUACAAAGGACAAUCCUUCAUUUGAUCCAUGCUUACUUUCCCUGCCCAAGCUGGGGAACUUUCUAACUAAGUCUCAGGUUGUUAAACUCAUGAGAAUGACAAGUAUUCCAACAAUCUUUGUUUGCCUGCAUUGUAAUCCAAAAACAACAAUGAGGCGUGGGGAUGUAGAUUGCAUUUAUAAUUUCUUUUGGCUGCCUUGCAGAUAUUAAGAACAGAUGUACAGUACAUCAUGUUAUGAGAUUCCCAGCUGAAGGAAAAGAGCGAAUCUUCAUUCAGCAGAGCUCAUUAAACUUACUUUCUAUUCUUAUUCCCUUGAAAAAAACUUUGUAAAUCAAAUUUUAAAAA